AGCGGUUGUUUACAGUUGAGAGCAGCAGUCUGACCGAACGGAGGCAUCCACACGUUUCCCGCAGAUGGGCUAACGGCAAAUCACCUGGGAAGCUCAUGGACAAUAGUUAUCUCAAGCGCAACUAAAUUAUAAAGCAAAACUCCAGGUUAUCUCAUAGACGCUCACCAGCAGCUAAAAGAAUCAGUGGUUCCUUUUCCCCCCUAUAUUGGUGGUGCGCAUCUGCUCUAGCUUGCUUCAGGACAACAGCAGCAGGAUCUUACAUUUCAUCUCUUACAACUGACAAGCUUUGUUUUGUUGGACCAAACGCAGGAGGCGAGAUGGAUAACGAAAAGUACUUGCCAGAACUGAUGGCGGAGAAGGAUUCUCUGGACCCGUCCUUCCAGCACUCAAUGCGGCUUCUUGAUCAAGAGAUCGAAAAGGUUCAGAAAGACGAAGACAAAGAGGACGAGAAGUUCAUCGAUGUGGUCAUCAACAAGAACAUGAAACUGGGACAAAAGGUUUUGAUCCCCGUAAAACAGUUUCCCAAAUUUAAUUUUGUGGGUAAACUCCUGGGUCCUCGAGGGAACUCAUUAAAGAGACUGCAGGAGGACACGCUGACCAAGAUGUCCAUCCUCGGCAAGGGAUCCAUGAGAGACAAAGAAAAGGAGGAAGAGCUGCGAAAGAGCGGAGAGACAAAGUAUCAUCACCUGAAUGAAGAUCUCCAUGUGCUGAUCGAGGUGUUUGCUCCUCCGGCGGAAGCGUAUGCUAGAAUGGGCCACGCUCUGGAGGAGAUCAAAAAGUUCCUGAUUCCGGACUACAAUGAUGAAAUUAGACAGGCUCAGCUACAAGAGUUGACGUAUCUGAAUGGUGGCUCGGAGGAUGCCAAAGUCCCAGCGGCGAGAGGCAAAACCAGCACACGAGGAAGAGGAACACCAGCGCCAGGAACACACAGGACUAGAGGGGGCGUUCCUCCUCCUCAGGCUGCGGUCCCGCGAGGGGCGGCACCCAGAGGAGCUCCGCCCAGUAGAGUUGCAACCAGCAGAGGAGUGGCCGUGUCCUCACGAAGAGCACGAGGAGCUCCGCCCCCACCGGGAUAUAGACCUCCCCCUGCCGUCGUUCAGGACACAUAUGGAGAAUAUGAAUACGAUGAUGGAUAUGGAACAGCCUACGAUGACCAGGGCUACGACUCGUAUGACAACAACUACAACAAUCAGGCACAGAACUCAGAUGAUUAUUAUGAAUACGGCAUCAGUGGAGACUCAUACGACUCUUAUGGCCCGGAGGAAUGGACAAACAACCGCAACAAAGCGCCACCAGCAAGAACAAGCAAAGGAGUGUACAGAGAUCAGCCGUAUUCCCGGUUCUGACCUGCUACAGUCCUCCACGUGCCCUCCCAAAGUAAUGGAUUUUCUAUGGACUCUCUUUCCUGUUUUUUUUGCAAAUAAAAUCGACCAA